AUGUCAGGCUCCGGGAGGAAGGAAUUCGACGUGAAACACAUCCUGCGGCUUCGCUGGAAACUGUUCAACCACCCGCCGUCCAGCUCAGGCGGGACUGGGGGCUGCCCACAGCAGCAGCAGCAGCAGCAACAACAGGACAGUUUCGAGCACUGGGGCACCAGCCAGAACAGGCUGAAAAAUCACAGUCACGACAGAGGCAUCGGCUCCUGGAAAAAAAGCAGCGCUCUCAAUGGCAUCCUGCCCCCGGGACACAGCAGAGGUGGCACAUUGCAGUGCCAGACACAGCAACGUACUGUCUUUUACGUGGAAACGCUGGAAGAAGUGCCCAGGUUAGAGUUUACCAGGGAGGGCACGGCAACACUGGCAGAAGUGAAGAAGGAACUGGUGAACACUGACUGUUGUGAGGGAACAGGUGAUGGAUGCCUGCACAGGCUGACAGUGACUAGCCAUCCCCUGAUGCCACACAGUGAUUUGGAAGCAGGCAGCUCUGAGGAGCUCUUCCAGGCUGUGAACCAUGCAGAGCAAACCUUUUGUAAGAUGGAGAUCUAUCUGAAGCAGCAGCAGCUAUGUGAUGUCAUCCUGAUUGCUGGAAACCGAAAAAUACCUGCUCAUAGACUUGUUCUUAGCGCUGUUUCAGACUAUUUUGCUGCAAUGUUCACCAGUGAUGUUUGUGAAGCUAAGCAAGAGGAAGUCAAAAUGGAGGGUAUAGACCCUGGUGCACUCUGGGAUCUUGUUCAAUUUGCAUACACAGGCUGCCUUGAGUUAAAGGAGGAGACAAUUGAGAAUCUCUUAGCAGCUGCCUGCCUGCUCCAGCUCUCCCAAGUGGUGGAAGUAUGCUGCCAUUUCCUAAUGAAACUGCUCCAUCCAUCAAACUGCCUGGGUAUCCGUGCAUUUGCUGAUGCUCAGGGCUGCACUGAAUUAAUGAAGGUGGCUCACAGCUAUACUAUGGAACACAUUAUGGAGGUGAUCAAAAAUCAGGAGUUUCUACUACUUCCUGCAGAUGACAUCCUUAAACUUAUUGUAAGUGAUGACGUAAAUGUUCCGGAUGAAGAGACAAUAUUCCAUGCCUUGAUGCUGUGGGUGAAGUAUGACAUGCCAUCAAGAUGCAGGGAACUUGGAAAACUACUUGCUUAUAUCAGAUUGCCUUUGCUACCACCGCAGCUUUUGGCAGACCUUGAAAAUAAUGCUCUCUUCAAAGAUGACCUGGAAUGCCAAAAACUUAUUCUUGAAGCGAUGAAGUACCAUCUGUUACCAGAGAGACGACCUUUAAUGCAGAGUCCAAGGACUAGGCCUCGAAAGUCUACUGUAGGAUCUCUGUACGCUGUUGGAGGGAUGGAUGCUAAUAAAGGUGCCACGACAAUAGAAAAAUAUGACCUGCGAACAAAUACUUGGACCCAAGCUGGAGUGAUGAAUGGCAGGCGGCUGCAAUUUGGCCUUGCUGUCAUAGAUGAUAAACUUUAUGUGGUUGGAGGCAGAGAUGGCCUGAAGACUUUAAACACUGUGGAAUGUUACAACCCUAAAACAAAGACCUGGACUGUUUUGCCUCCUAUGUCAACUCACAGACAUGGUCUCGGAGUUGCAGUACUGGAAGGACCAAUGUACGCAGUAGGUGGCCAUGAUGGUUGGAGUUACCUAAACACAGUAGAGAGAUGGGAUCCACAAGCACGUCAAUGGACCUUUGUGGCCAGUAUGUCUAUUGCCAGAAGCACAGUGGGAGUGGCAGCAUUAAAUGGCAAGCUGUAUGCUGUCGGAGGGAGAGACGGGAGUGCUUGUCUCAAAUCUAUAGAAUGCUAUGACCCCCAUACCAACAAAUGGAGUAUGUGCACUCCAAUGUCCAAACGAAGAGGAGGUGUGGGUGUAGCAACAUGUGAUGGUUUCCUUUAUGCAGUUGGAGGCCACGAUGCCCCUGCUUCGAACCAUUGUUCUCGGCUUUCAGACUGUGUCGAGAGAUAUGAUCCAAAGACUGAUACCUGGACAACAAUAGCAUCGGUGAGUGUCCCCAGAGAUGCUGUUGGAGUCUGUCUCCUAGGAGACAAACUGUACGCAGUUGGCGGAUAUGACGGACAAACCUAUUUAAACACAAUGGAAUCAUAUGAUCCACAGACCAAUGAGUGGACACAGACCCCAAACCUCUAUCCAGCAGAAAUGAGCACAGCACAGUACUACUCCUAA